AUGAAGAAUUCUGUAAAAGGUAAAAGUCCUACCAACAGUGUCGAAGCGCAUUCCACCACAAUCCAUCUCGAUGAUAGCAGUGAUGACGAACAACAGCAACAAGACGAGUACUUGCCUUCCGAUAUCAUUGUGAAUGAACGUCAAUCAUUACUGUUGGGCCUAGAUCAACAUAACUUUCCAAGAUACAUGACCGCUUCCCCUUUGCCCUCUGCUCGCAUCAACGAUAACUCCCCUAAAGACAAAUGGAGCACCUUCAAGGUGAGAUCAAAGUAUUAUCUGCCCAUCUUGCAAUGGCUGCCUCUGUAUAAUUUCCAUCUCUUAUUGGGUGAUCUUAUUGCCGGAAUCACUCUUUCCUGCUUACUGAUCCCUCAAGGUUUAUCUUACGCUACUGCACUCUGUAAGUUGGAAGCUGUUCAUGGUUUGUACGCUAUUGCAUUUCCGGCCAUAACCUAUGCUGUUUUUGGCAUGUCCAGACAAAUGUCCGUAGGCCCUGAAGCCACUCUGUCCUUGUUGGUUGGAUCCUCCAUCGCUCAGAUCAAUCACGGCGAUGAAGAAACUCAUGUGGACGCUUUAGCCUGGGCCUGUUUGAUGACUAUCUUUGUGGGCAUCUUUACCUUUUUGCUGGGUAUCUUUAGAUUGGGGUUUUUGGAUAGCUUGAUGAGCCGAGCUCUUUUGCGUGGUUUUAUCUCUGGUGUUGGUCUCGUGGUCGCACUUCAGCAAGGUAUUAUUCUGUUAGGUCUCGUUCAUCUCAGCGAAGAAAACGGCAUCACCGAAGCUUCCAGCUCAAUCGCUCGUCUUUUGUUCCUGAUCAAGAGCAUUCAAUAUUCACACGUUUUAACGACGUCUGUCUCCGCUGUAUCUGUAGCAUUUUUGAUGAUGGCUCGUGUUACAAAAUCCAAAUUGGCCAGAUUCAGAUGGUUCCAAUUGCUACCAGAAGUUUUGCUAGUUGUAGUCGUGUCCUCACUCCUUACUUACUUUUUCGACUGGGAAAAUAAGGGAUUGGCAAUUCUUGGUACCAUCGAAGGCAAAGGCAUCCCAUUGCCCUCCAUUCCAGCAUUUCCUGAUAACAAGCACAUGAAGGACAUGUUAGUUACUGCUGCCAUGAUUGCUAUCAUUGGCUUUGUUGAAUCUGUGGUGAUUGCAAAGACUUACAGUAGCAAGCACAAUUACUCGGUGAGUGCUAAUAGAGAACUCGUUGCAUUAGGAGCAGCAAAUAUGGUUAGCGGCCUUUUCCAGGGUAUUCCUGCAUUUGGAUCAGUAGCACGUAGUAAAAUUAAUGAUAAGGCUGGCGCACGAACCCAAAUGGCAUGUCUGAUUGCGGGUGCAGUUGCCUUGUUUGCCAUUUUCUUUUUGCUGCCUUACUUUUACUACCUACCUAAAUGUGUGCUAUCGGCCAUCAUCUUUGUCGCUGUACUCUCAUUGCUGGGUGAACUGCCCGAAGACCUCCAUUUUAUCUUCAAGAUUGGUGCCUGGAGAGAUUUGGGCUUGCUCAUGGUCACUUUUCUCGCAACCAUUAUUAUUUCACUUGAAUUCGGUACAUUGCUCGCUGUAACGCUGUCUCUUCUCCUGACAAUCAAGGAAACAAGUUACCCCCGCAUAUCUAUCAUGGGAAGAGUCAAGGGCACAAACAAUAAAUUUAGACCUAUUCAGGAUGAUCCAGAUGUCGUGGAGCACCUUGAAGAUGUCCUCAUAGUUCGUAUCGAUGAGCCCCUCUUUUUCGCAAAUACUGGGCAACUCAAAGACAGACUGCGCAGACUGGAGCAAUUUGGUGACAUGUCUAUUCAUCCAUCUGAGAGUCCUCGCUUGGGUGGCCUUUCCUAUGUUAUCUUUGAUGUGGAUAACAUGCCCACCAUUGAUGCCAGCGCUGUCCAAAUUCUCUACGAGGUAGUUGAGGCUUACCAUGCAAGAAACGUCAAGGUCUUCUUUGUGCGACUAAGAGAGAAGCCCAUGGCACUGUUUAGAAAGUCAGGCUUAUUGAAUGUCGUUGGUCAAGUUAAUUUAUUCAGGAAGGUGUCUGAUGCAAUUGAGACAAUCGAGAAAGACAUGGUGAAUAACAGCAGUAACUCUCCUUUUCUUCAUCAGUAG